CUUUAUGGAUAUUUUUCCCAAUUUUAAAUAUCAAAAGGCUGAAACAGUGGCUUCUUUAGAACAUAAUUCCAGUUUAUCUGCUUAAAAUAUGAUCAAAUUUACUGUUAUGGAAAAAUAUAAUAAAUUAAUCGCAGCACUGUUUCUAUUGGUUUGCUUUUAUAUUGAGCAGCCAAAAGAGAAAACCCUCUCUUCUGCUACUCAGAGAAAAGAAACAGAAAAAAGUUUGUUGAUGAAGAAUUGAAGAAUAACAAAAUGAGCUCCAUUCAUUUCAAGAAAAUCAGCCUCCUUUUCCUCAUCAUUUCUGCAGCUCUUUUUUCUACUUCUUUUGCAGGCCGAGUGCGUAAAUCAAUGGUGUCAAAGGCAGUGAGCACAAGUUAUGAGGAUUCAGAAUCGUGGGAGGCAGUAAGGCACGAUGAAGAGAGUGAGAUACAUGACAGAGUUCUGAAAGUGAAAACAAAUGAUUAUGGAAGAUAUGAUCCUGCGCCAGCUUUCGUUAAGCCUCCUUUCAAACUCAUUCCCAACUAAUAUUGAUCAAACGCCAUCACCACCGACAUCAUCAUCGUAUAAUAUAUCUCUAUAUAUAUAGUAUGCAAUAUAUGUGAAUCAUAAAUAACUAGUGUGUCACGAAAAUAUAUAGUAAUGAAUGUAUGCAUCGCAUGUAUUUAUACGAUGAAUGUUGGGUUUUGUAUGUCAGGCUUUUCAAGCCACAAAUAUAUAUAUGUAGGAUGCUAUAUGUGAAAUAUUAUGACUUUA